AUGGAGACAACUCAAAAGAUGAAGACCAACCUAGAUCUCGUCAACGAGUGUGACAGCACCAACCCGGGAGAGGACUACUAUGCCUUCCACCUGCCCCAAGACCCCAGACCCCACGGCUACAUGCCCAGUGCCGUGGUCGAGCAGAUGCCCUGGACCGCGGAUUUCGAGGUCAGUCCCAAGGGCCACCUCCCACGCACCGUCCGCCUGCUCGACACCUCCAGCGGCACUGCCACCACCACAGCCUGCAACGCCUCCCUCGCUGCCCUGAUCCACCGUGCACAGGAGCAGGGCGUCUUCGCCAAGACGCUGGGCCGCAAAGCCGAGGGCGAGGACUUUCGCAUCAUGGGCGCCAGCAGCCUCAUCCAGAUGCGCCGCUCCGCAGCCCCGCUCUUCGGCAUCGCCAACAGAGGCGCCCACAUGACCGUCUACCUCCGCCACCCCGCGACAGGCGCCUACAGCUUCUGGAUCCCCCGCCGGAGCAGCCACCUGGCCACGUACCCAGGCAUGCUCGACAACACCGUGGCAGGCGGCACGCGCGCCGAGGAGACCCCACUCGAGUGCAUCGUGCACGAGGCCGACGAGGAGGCCUCGCUGCCGGCCGACUUUGUGAGCCGCCAUGCCCGGGCCGCCGGCACCCUGACCUACGUCACGCGCACCGGCGCCGGCGACCAGCAGGCCGAGGUCGGCGGCUACGACACGGGCCUGUGCUGCCCGGACGUCAUCUACGUCUACGACCUCGAGAUCCCCGCCGACCAGGCCGAGGCCGUCGUGCCCCGCCCGCGCGACGACGAGGUCGAGCAGUUCUACCUGUGGGAUCUGGACACGGUCAGGGCCGCCAUGGCGAGGGGGGAGUUCAAGGCCAACACGGCGCUGGUGCUGCUUGACUUUUUCGUGAGGCAUGGCAUCGUGACGGACGAGAACGAGCCGGAUUAUGUCGAGAUUGUGUCGAGGCUGCAUCGUCGUGUGCCUGUGCCUACUGCGCCUGCUCGGUCGGCCUGA